AUGUCUGCAACCCUGCUCCACCGCACCAGCACGCUGGGCAAGCUGAUUGCCGCCAGCGGCGUACGCGCAGACAGCCUCUUCGCCGCGGAUAAGGAGCUCUCGGUGCCGCUGUCCAAGUCUGAGGCGUGCUGCCUCUUCUGGGUGGCGGGCAGCAGCCUCCAGGCGGCCGAGGCCCAGGUGCUGCGCAGGCUGCACUCCGAGGUGGCGGAGUGCGUGCACUGCGCCGGCGGGAGGACGCUCGAGGACAACGCCACCUCGGGCCUCGUGCGGCUCGAACGGUGUGGGCGCGAGGGCGGCAUGAGCGCUGAGGACGCGGCCGUGCGCCUGGGGCAGCUGCUGUGCCGCUGGGCGCGGCAGCAGAGCCCGUCCGUGCGCCUGCGCGCGGCCGUGCACGUCGGCGAGCUGCAGUCCUUCGAGCUGCCGGCCAGCGGGCGCCGCGUGCACCUGGGCCCUGCGGUGGACCUGUGCCGGUGCCUGGCGCUCGGGGCCGAGCGCAGCAGCGAGGUGCACCUGUCCGCCAGGGCGCGCGCGGGGCUGGCGGCGCUGGGCGGCGAGCGCCUGCGCCUCUCGCGCAGGGGCGGCUCCUACUACGCAGAGGCGGGGGUGCCCGAGGAGGCGCGCAAGGGGUGGACUCUGGCCGAGCUGGUGGCGGACGAAUUCGCCGCCCACGCCGCGCCCGAGAAGACGACCCAGACCGAUGCGCUGGACAGCCCUGGGGAAGGCAUCUCGGGGAUGUUGUUCCGCGAUUUCCGGCGCUACCUGCAGGGCCACGGCGUCGACGUCGACAAGUUCGGCAAGGGCGACGCGAAGAGCCUCCGGGACUUCUACAACGACGUCGCGAUCGAGCAGGACUCCUGCCUGGAGGUGGUGGGCGACGUGCUGCGGAGAUUCAAGGAGGUGAUCCGGAUCCAGCUGCUGACCCGUGGCGAAGACAACCGGCUCCGUGAGCUGAGGAUCCAUUCCCAGAGGAGGGCCAAUGGCAGCUUCAGGCAGCGGGAUGAGAAGCUCGUGGCGGUUCUCAGGGCCCACGAGGGGCAACGUUGGAAGGAAGCGCUGCCACAGUUCUUCGAGGAUAAGUUCGGCCUGAGCAAGACGGAUCAGACUGCCUGUCUCUCUGUGGACUGCGACAGCUACAAGUACGUGGAGGAGGAGCAGCCCUCUGGGACGGUCCCGUGCAUCCUCACCACCUACCGGGUGCACAGCGUGGUGGUGAACGUGAAAGACCAGGCGAUGGCUUCUGCACCGACAAGCUGA